UUUUCCGCCGAUAAACAAAAUUAUUAUUUAUCAUCAUGAUCGGUACCCAUAUUAAUAUUAUGGUAUGGGUACGCGUGUUUACGUCUCAUAUUGUACCUAUUAUACCAGCUAUCACGCGGGUCCUAUCCGAACGCAUUGUAAAUCCGAGACAAGACCACUGCGACUGCGUGUCGCGUAGUCGACGGACGAAUUAAUAUUGUUCUGUACGGUCGUGUGCCCACACCUACUUCUGUUCGGUAGAAAUAAUAAUAUUAAUAAUGAUAAUUGUAAUAACAGAUAGGUACGAAUCAAUAAUAACACCAUAAAAUAUAAAAUAAUAGUAUUGUAAUAAUACACCGCCGCAGACGCUAAUAAACGAGACACGAGUCUCCCGCGAAAUAAAAUAUUAUAUCAUUAUAAUAACAUUACACCCACGUCAGUUAUACGCCCUGUGCACAUAUUAUUAUUAUCUAUUGUUAUAAAAUAUGAAUUGAGCUGUGUCGCGCGCUUUUUGGAUUUCUUUUCAUUUUCCGACGUGUGUCUUUAUAAUGCUACUACAACACGUGUAAAUCGGCCUCGCAAAACUGCAGCUACAGACUACUGGAACGGACGGACGAGCGAACCGGUUCGAUGGCCAACCGCAAUGGUGGAAGUAGCUGUAGUUGUAGCGACGAUGAUGACGACGACGACGACGAUGACGAAGAAAAAGACAAAGACGACGACGACAGCGGAUCGUGUUCGAGCUGUUCGACUGCGGAAGCCGACGACAGUGGCUGCGGCGGUGACGGCGUGGCCCGACGGCGGAUGACAUGCGGCAGGAGUACCGCCGCGGCCGCGGCCACGUCGUUUGAUCUUCUGGACGCCCGGCGCCUGCCAGACCUGUUGGACGCCGAGCGACUGGUGGCCGUCCUGGACGGGUGUCUGGAAUCGGAGUACGUGCGAGGCUGCGUGGUCGAAACGUGGGACGCGGUGCUCAGCGAACACCUGGAGGCCAUCGCGCACCUGGUGCUGUACCAGACACCGGAGCACGCCGUCAGCCAGGCCGUGUACGAACAGCUCAUCGGACUGUCCACGUCCCUCCGUCCACCCGCCAACGACGGCCAGCAACAGCAAAGGCGAUCGGCCCGCGUGGACGCGGAACGUGUGUACGGUACGCUCAGGUCGGCGGCCCAAUCGCUGUUGACCACCCGGGUGGACGCGUGCUGCCGGCAGAGCAUGUGCCGGGCCGUUGGGCUGGCCGUGGCCGCGCUCCGGUGCAGCACACGGCCCGUGUUCUCGGUGGAAAACUUCGUGGUCGAGAUCAACGAAGCGGCCAACUUCGCCAACCUGUACUGCACCGGUUAUGCCAAGCGCAUAUGCGCCGCGCUCGAAGGCAUCUACGAUACGGUCAUGGCCGGCGACUACCACCCUACCAACGUCGUGGUCCAGAUGGCCGUCAUGGACAAGUGCAUCAGGGCGGCGGUGCGGACGCUUUCCGACAGCCGGGCGACGGCCGCGCAGAAGACGGCCGCCCAGCGGUCGUUGCUCGCCGAGCUUGACGACGUGGGCGCGACGGUGCGCAUGAAGAACCACGGUUGCGUGGACGACGCGGCCGCCGAAUCGCCACCGCACCAGCUCGCGGUGGCCACAGCGUCGUCCAGGGCCGCCCGGUUCGUCCACUUCACCAUGAGCCCGUGGCGGGCGCCCAUCCGCAUGUACCACCAACAGUCGCCGACCAGCGUGGACCAGGUGCUCAGGGCCACCGUCCGCCUGGUCGAGGCGCUCAUCGCCGAACUGUUCAAGCCGUGCCUGAGCGGCCGGCACCGCCACCGCCGCCACCGUCGCCGCCGCACGUCCAGCAGCCGUCAGCCACACGACAAACAGCUCUAGGGCCGCCCAAAUUUGUAUAUAUAUAUGUAAAUAAAUUUUACCCGUUCCCCGUCAACCUGCCUAUCUCAAUAUUCGAAAAACACGAGUUUUAUUAUUAUUAUAUUUUUAUUAUUAUUAUUGUAAUUAUUGCGUGCACCCACAUUUUAUAUUAUUAAACUUUAGUCUUUUAAUUAUUAUAAUAUUUAUAUAUAAUGUCUAGAUAUAUCAAGGUUUUCGAGGAAGAAAUUGGAGUGCAUACGUAUCGGAUCAAUUUUGAGCGUUCAAGAAGUUACAUGUGAUGUGUACAAGCGAUACGUACCGACCCGUAUCGGACUCAGACUCGAUACGAGGCGGUUCGUAACUAUAUUCCUCAUCGAUGCGUAUCGUAAUUCGUAUUUUUCUUCUCGAAAAUCUUGUUAAUGUGUGUCAGUGUGCUGUACGCCUGUAUAUAAUUAUUGUUAGAUAUUAAAUGGCAAUACGAUUUUAUGA